AUGAUAAUCUUAUCGAUUGUAAUCUAUUCAUAUAAAGUCCUUUGUAGUGAUUUAGAAGAAAAUAAAGUAACUGAUAAAAAGACUGAUAAUAAAGAGAAAAUCUUUUCAUCAUAUAAAAAGGAAAAAGAAAGUAUAGAUAGAAAUAUUAGUAAGCAAGAUGAGAAUGACAAUAAAGUAGAUGUAAAGAUAGACACACCUAAAGAAAGAACAACUAAAGAUUUAAAAGAAAGUCAAAUAGCAUAUAAACAGAAGAUUGAUGAUAAUAAAAAGCAUAAAAAUAUACCCAAGAAAGAGAAUGAAAAGCCUAUAAAAUCCAAUCCUGAUAUUUCAGAAUAUAGAAAAAAAAAGCCUGUACAAAAUCUUAUAGAAAGUGUAAAACCUGAUAAGAAUUCACUUAAAGAAAUACGCAAUAAAGUAUUAGAUCUAUCAAAAGAUACUAAACCGAAAGUAACAACUAAAGUAAAUGAGAAAGAUGAAGAUCCUGUCAAACAAAUACUUAAUAAAGAAAGUUCAGAUGCAAAAUCUAAAAUUAAAGAUGUUAUGAAAUCUUUUAAUAAAAAAGUAGAAUCAGAUGAGAAAACUAAUUCAAUUAAGGAAACUCCUAAAGAAGUUAAAACUAAAAAUACGAAAACUAAAGAUACUAAACUUAAAGAAUCAAAAUCCAAGAAAACAAACGAUAGCGAUGAAAUGGAUUCUUUGUUUGAAGAUUCAAGUGAAAUACGUUCAUCUAAAAAGAAAAAAUUACCAAAACAAAAACCAGCAAGAAAUAGAAGUAUUUUAAAAUCUGAGAAGAAUAAAAAGAAAGACAAUGAUAAUGGAGGAUUUAUAGCACUUGCUGUUAUUCUGGGUAUUGUAGUAGCUGCUCUUAUUGCAUUAAUAUCCUAUCUUUUGAGUUAA